AUGAGCUCUUCUUCCAAUUAUCACUUACCCACGAUUGCAGCAGUAGCUGGUAUCGCAUUGGCUGCUUCGAGUUAUGUCUUAUCAACCAACAGCUUUGAGACCAAAAAGAGAAAACGAAGAAUAAGAUCCAAAAUACAAAGAGAGCGUGAUGGCCAGUACAUUCUAGGUUUGGUGAAUUCGCAAAAUUAUUGCUUUGUGAAUUCUGUGCUGCAGGCAUUUGCCACUUUGGCUACAUUGCGUUCCUAUCUUGCCGAACGCGUAGAUGAACAAGGAGAUGAGUCAGCACCUGUCGUUCCCCAGAAUGAAUUUAUACUGCAAUCGGUAGCCUGUGCAUUGUAUGCGACAAUAGAGAUGCUGAAUCGACCUUUACCGAAACCACGAUCUAUUACACCCACAGACUUUUUAAAGGCUUUAGAGCGAAAAUCCGGUGGUACCAUUAACCGUGAUCAACAGGAUGCUCACGAGUUGUUCCAGAUCAUCUCGAGUGUGCUCACAUCUGAGGAAGAAAUUCAAUAUCGAGAAAAUGCAACGUCUUUGCUGGAUGCAGCUACAUUGAGAGGAUUUGCAUUUGGAGACAAUGAUCCAAAUGGCGAUAACUUUGAAACUUCGUCUGUGUCAUCCUUUGGCACAACAGCUUCCAUGUGGAGUUCAUUCUCGGUGUGCACUGUAGGUGGUCAUUUGCGUCCUCGACGCCGUAGCCCUAGAAAUCCAUUCACUGGAUUAGCCGCCUCCAAGAUUAGUUGUAUGAAUUGUGGUUAUACUGCCCCUAUUAGACACCACACCUUUGAUAACAUUUCAUUAUCUGCACCUCAAAUAUCAACUUGCACGCUGGAGGAUUGCUUGAAAACUUACACAAAGGUCGACUUUUUAAACGAUUUUCAAUGCCGAAAAUGCACACUGGUGGCCACAUUAGAAUCCAUGACACAAGAAUUGAAUGCACUGGAACAAGGCGACGAAAGAGCAACCAUCUUGAACAUUGACAUUGGACGAAUCAAGGAUGCAUUACAAUCCAACAUUGAAGCUACCUUGUACGGUGUGCCAUUGGUCAUUCCUCAAGCCGCACCACGCACUACAAAGCAAACCAUGUUUGCUAAUCCACCCAAAUCACUCUGUCUUCAUAUUUCACGCUCCAUCUAUCACCCAUCUGGCAUGAUCCAAAAGAAUUACUGCCAAGUUGAAUUCUCGGAAUACCUCGAUUUAGCUCCCUAUACCACCAAUGGAUAUCUCAAUACAGCCGAACCAACAGCUUCAUUGAGCUCGCCAUCACCUACACCUGUAUUGCCUCACACUCGUACCAGUCGAACCAGUCUUGUCUAUCUGCGUAAUAUGGCCAAUGGUUAUCGAUUCACACAUCACCAACAAGAUGGAUUAGGUGUCGCUUUAUUGAACAACAACAACAACAAGGAGGAUCGACCUAUACAAAAUGCGCUACCCUCUCUAUCUGUCGUGCCAGUGUCUCGUGCCAUUCAAUAUAAGUUGUGUGCUGUCAUUGUUCAUUAUGGUAAUCACAAUUCUGGGCAUUUUGUUACCUACCGUAGAAAAAAACUGCCUACUGGCCAUGAAGUGCGUAGUCCAUUGAGCGAAUCAAAGCCUCGUCCUCCCACCAAGUUUUGGCGUUGUAGUGAUGAGGUGAUCGAGGAAGUGGAUCUGGAAACGGUCUUAAAGAGCGAGGCUUAUAUGCUUUUUUAUGAGCGUGAAUGA